GCCUGAGCGGCUGAAUUAACGAGUGCCUGUUUACCUGGGAAGAAACAAGACUGCCAGAGCCGUGCUGCAGAUAUCCUGCUGACAAUACCUGAAGAAAUUUGUUCGGAAGACAAAACUGGAUUUUUCUUGUGAAAGAGAAGAUUCAACAAUGGAGCCUGUCCAUAUUAAAGUGGAGAUUCCUGUACUAGAAUCAGUCAAUUUUAAAACAAGCAGCUUGCAGGGCUCUCUGUCCUGUACAGAAUGUGGAAAGAGUUUCAGUCAGUUAAAAAACCUGAAACGUCACCAGCGAAUCCACACUGGAGAGAAACGACAUGUCUGUGCUGACUGUGGGAAGAGUUUCAGUGAGUCAAGCAACUUAAAAAGACACCAUCGAAUCCACACAGGAGAGAAACCGUAUCUGUGUAGUAAAUGUGGGAAAAGUUUCAUUCAGUUAGCACAUCUUAAAAAGCACCAGUUAAUUCACACAGGAGAGAAGCAACAUCACUGUAAUGACUGUGGGAAGAGUUUCAGUCAGUCAGGCCAUUUGAAGAAACACCAGCGAAUUCACAGUGGAGAGAAACCGUAUGUCUGUGCUGACUGUGGGAAGAGUUUUAGUCAGUUACAUAACCUGAAAUUUCACCAGCGAAUUCACACUGGAGAGAAACCGUAUGUCUGUGCUGACUGUGGGAAGAGUUUCAGACAUUUACAAAACUUGAAACUUCACCAGCGAAUCCACACUGGAGAGAAACCGUAUGUCUGUGCUGACUGUGGGAAGGGUUUCAGUCAGCCAAGAACUCUGAGAAACCACCAGUUAAUUCACACUGGAGAGAAUCCACAUCACUGUAAUGACUGUGGGAAGAGUUUCAAAUGGAUAUGCAGCUUGAAAAGGCACCAGCGAUUCCACACAGGAGAGAAUCCUUAUCACUGCUCUCACUGUGGGAAGUAUUUUACUGCUUCCAGUUCUCUUAAAAGACACAAAUGCAAGUUGUGAAAGUUUAGUCAGAAUGUGAGUGUGUGUUCAUUCACCCGCACACAGAAAUUCCAGUCUUUCUAAACAGCAGCUUAAUAUAAAAACUGUGAGAACUCUGGUGAAUGUUUACAGCUGAUACAGAUUCAUCGAUAUUAAACACAGUGCUCUGAAGCCGUUACAUUAUAAAGUACAUUCUUAGUAUGCAAUCCAUUGAAUAUACAGACGCCUCGGAGCGUUGUGUUAUACGAGGCUAAGCCGAGUGCCUCCAACCCCUGAGAAGUCUAUAUAUUCAACGUAUACGGUGUGGGAGAAAUUCAUAGUUGUAAUUGAAUGGUCUUUGUAAAAUGACAUUUCAAAUCUUAAACUAUGAGGCUUAA